UGAUAGUAUGUUGUGAGAGAAAGGUGAUUUGCAGUGUUAUUUUGGCUAAAAUAGCCAUGGCGACUAAAGUGAUAUAUUUUACUGUCGGUUUAUGUGAGGAGCAGGCGGAAUUUAGAUCAGAUGAUCCUGCUGACGAUAUUAAAGAGACCUUCAGAUCGGCAGCAGAGGCAGGACCAAAUGAUAUUUUAAAACUGUACAAUUCCCGUGGUAACCUUAUCAACAUUUCUCCAAGAAUUCCAGACAACACGCCUGAUACUCGAUACAAGCUAGACGUAGUCGCUGCCCAAUGCCCUGGUGACAAACCAUUAGCAGAGCAACUCGGCUUCGACAUUAACGACAUUGAGCAGCGGUUAAAUGCGCUGGAAAAGCGGGUAUUCAUCGAGAACGGGGACCUUCCUAGAAGUGUUGGUGUUAUACAGGGUCAAGUUGAGGGAUUCAAGAACAAAUUACAGGGUGUAGAACAUCUAAGCUGGCUGGGAUUAUUUAAGGACAUCAGUUCUGGGACUUCAUUACAGCCAUUUUGGGACAAGCGUGCGUUACAACGGAACGAUGACCAUGAUAAACACAUCUACGAAAAGUACAUACGUAUGAGUCAAGUACAGAUCACAGACGAGGUACGGCAGUAUUUACGGAAGCCAACAUUCGACAACUGGCAGUGGGAUGAUCCCGAGAUGCUUGUCUUGUUACAACAGAUGUACAUUGACCUCGGCUUCCUUUCAAAGUUCAACAUUGAGUUACCGGUGCUACAGACAUGGUUGUUUGAGAUCUACCGGAGCUACAAUUCCGUGCCUUUCCACAACUUUAAACACUGCUUUAUGGUCACACAGAUGAUGUAUGGAUUAACAUGGUUGGUAGAUCUCCAGUCGAUGGUGGAUGACAUUGACAUACUCAUACUGCUUACCUCCGCAAUCUGUCAUGAUCUCGGCCAUCCUGGCUACAACAAUGCAUAUCAGAUCAAUGCGAAGACAGAGUUGGCAUUACGAUACAACGACAUCUCUCCCCUCGAGAAUCAUCACUGCUCCAUCGCGUUUGAGAUUUUAGAGAAGAAACACUGCAAUAUCCUGGCAAACCUCAACAAAGACCAGUAUAGACGGGUCCGUGAAGGAAUGAUCAAAUGUAUACUAGCCACAGAUAUGGCGAAACACAAUGAGAUUGUCAACAACUUCAAGGCAAUAAUGGACCACUUUGAUAUUAACAACAAAGAACACAAGUACCUGCUUAUGAUGAUACUAAUGAAGGUGUCGGACAUUUCCAACGAGGCGAGACCAAUGAACGUGGCCACGCCUUGGCUAGACUGUCUGCUACAAGAGUUCUUUAAUCAGCUGCUGAUGAUACUGUUAAAAACUGCUGACAUCUCAAACGAGGUGCGACCACUCGAAGUCGCUGAACCGUGGAUUGAGUGUCUAUUAGAAGAGUUCUUCAUACAGAGUGAUAUAGAGAAACUGGAGGGUUUACCAGUCGCCCCGUUCAUGGAUCGAGACAAAGUCACGAAGCCCUCCUCACAAAUCGGCUUCAUCAAAUAUGUACUGCUGCCCCUAUUUGAAGCCCUUGGACAGUUACUUCCAGUUAUAGAGAAAGACAUUAUAGAGCCAGUGAGAAAUGCUUUGGACUACUAUACUCAAAUGCAAAAGGCUGUAGAGGAAGAAAAAGAGAAAAAUGCCUCUAGUGAGAAGUCAAAACAGAAUGGACUGACCAAUAAAAUGAAUGGAGACAUUAAAGUAUGACCUCAGCAGCUAGACAGCCAAUCACAUUGACAUUUCUCUUGCAUGUUGGCAUUGUCAGCCAAUGGUGUACCAGUAAGUUGCUACUCACUGGUCCUGUGAUGAGCCAAUGAAAAGGCUGGUUACAUUACAAUUUUCAAGAGGUGAAGAUUGCCUAAUUAUUCUUUGAGGGCAUGUGAUCGGUGAUAAGCCAAUGAAAAGACAGGAUUCAUUGAAUAUUUUAAAAUCAUCCAAUCAUUCAGACUGUAACAAUUUGUGAUACUGUGCAAUCAGAAUGAGAUUGGUUUCAUGAUCUGUGUUCUGAUCAGACAUUUAAUUUAGAUGCAGCUGUUUUAGGUGUUCAUACCUAAAUAUAAUUUGUAAAUUGUCCAUGUAGUCGGUUACUGUAAAACUCGCAUCUUAUUUGUUAUAUAUAAACUGCUGGUGGAGAGGUAUACUAUAUCAGCAAUAUUUGGAUGGCUUUAAAGCUAUUAUGUCAUGACAUAAUUAUAUGGAAUUAAUAUAAAUAUACUCUGUAAUGUACAAAAUUAUAAAAAUAUCUGGCCCCUAUAUCACGAAAAUACUCAUGUCAUUUCUCAAUCUAAAGCUUAACUCAUUUUUCCACAUAAAACAUAAUUAAUUACUCAUGUUAUACUAUUUUCAAAUGGACAUUCUGUGGGCUUUAUGUUAUUAUUCUGGAGAAAAUUAUUUCUAGAGCAUAAAAUGUACUUUAAUUAUAACUCAAAAUGUAGUACAUUGUAUUGAAGUAUAUAAUAUAGGCCAAAAAUAUUUCUGUCAACAUAAUAUAAUAAAUUAUGAAGGAAUGGACUUUUAAAAUUAGUUAAACAAAAAAAUCAUGCAGUUCUGAGGUUAAAAGGGUUAAGCUAAUGAUUGGGAUUUGAUUUAAGAAUUUUAGUGAUUUGGGGGCCUGGUAAAACAGGUUUGAAUAUUGCUGUGCACCCAAUGAAUAACAAUCAUUCUUUAGGUGUAACUAAAGAGUAUGGACUGAACAAAUCUUUGUUUUUAUACUAUAGUGCUGCACAUGACUGUAUUUUGUUUUCCCAAAAUUAAUGUAAAAGUCAAAGUGGCAUUCAUUAAUUCUUUUUGGAUUAUUUUUUUCUGAAUUUGCUACUUACCAUUUCUGUAUAAUGCUUUUAAGCAUCGGCUGACAAUGACUGGUAGAUUGAUUUAUAAGUAAUUCUAAGUUGUUCAGUACUGUGAUAGCUCCUUAUAAAUGACUCGCGAAUGUUGAAAAAAUUAUUGUUGAACAUUUUUUCAGCUUUUCUAAUUUUCGAGGAUAAUAAAUUGUAGGUAUUGUAAGGACCUUUAUACUGUCCCCAUGCUUGCUAACACGUCUAAUAUUUAUAAGAACUUUCAAAGUCUCAAAGGCUUAACCAUAACUUGGUAUACAUGUUCACAGUAACAUUAGUCCCAUUAGAACUCAUGUAGAAAUAUAUUGAGAGUUAUGGCCCUUUUUUGACUGAGAAAAUCAGGCAAGGUCGGCACUGCUUGUUAUGUUCUUUAAGAAUUGAAAUUCAUUUUGUAGGGAUUAUUGGGAAUGCCCUCGGUCAAAUUGGCAAUGCCCAUGAAGUGCGCUGGUCAAUGUAAAUAUUCUAUGUGAAAGGCCAGCGUAAUGGAGAUAUAAGUAUGCUAAAUCAGGGAUUAUUUUCUUUUAAUCAUUGUUCAUAGUUAUGAUUUUAGAAUUGUAUUGUUUUAAUAAUUGUGUAAAAACAGAUAUUAUAUACUCACAUUAUCAUUUUAUUGUUAGAUAUGAUGUAUAGAAUAUAAAAACAUUCUUUAUGCAUAUUUUCAUCUAAUCGUGCAUUUAUUUUUCUAUUUUAUUCUGAUGUUAAAAUGGCAUUUAUAAAUAUUUUCAACAGUCUUUUCUUACAAUUAUUUAGUUUUUGUAUUUUUUUAUGGUUUUGAAGACACUGAAUAUUUUACUAUACCUGCUUGAAGGUAUUGCUUUUUUUUGGUGUCUAAAAAUGUUACAUUUUAAUGUGUUUUCUAUGUCAUUUUGGGACUAAGGUUGAAUAUAUAAAGACUAAUUUCCGUAUACAUAUAGACGAAUCGAUAGGUUGUACACUUUCCAAGUUGUGUGAUAUUUUGAGUGGUUGAAAUUAUGGCACAUUUUAUUGCAUAUCUAUUAUAUAUUUUUUAAUUAAACGAACAAUUAAUUAGAUGUUAGAAAUACAAUUCAAACAACCAAAGCAUAAAUAGCUCAUCGUUUUUAAAAUGAAAGUUAGGUAGUAAUAAAAGUGAACCAUAACAAACUGCAAUGAUGGUUUCUGGUAAUAAUUCUAUUGUCAGAAUAAGUCUCUUAUUUAUCAGUUGUUCUUAAUUUAGAGACCUUGUCACCUGGGCCCCACUCCAAUAAAGAUUGUAAGGCUUAAGAUAGUUAAUUUCCAGGUGAAACCCCCGUGUUUGGCAUACACUGUGUAACAAUAAAAAUACCGUAAGAAUAUUUAUUGUAUUGCAACUGCCCCUAACUCUAUGGGUUCCCCCAAGCACUCUUGUGUAAAGUUUGCCACUAAAAUUUCUUACUGAAACAGGUCCCUGGGGUGGUAUUUAAUAUCAUUGGAUUGGAUCUAAGAUUUAUCUAAUCAAAUUGCAUGAUAUAAAUAAAGGACCUAUACACUGAUCGAAGUCAAUGCUGUACGACUUGAAGACUGACUGAUGUUGCAUAUUGUAUACCACACUACCCCUAAGCUGGUUCUUUUGAAAUUAGUAAGUAUACAAUGACCUUACCAAGUCUUUUCAGCAGGUCCAAAGUUUGCAUCAUUUGACUCACAACUGACUUAUAACUUAACAUCAAAUAAGAGAAUAACACACUUCAUCCAUUUUGUUUUGUUGUCCAGAGGUAAAAAUUGAAUCAGGGCAUUUGUGGUGGGUUUGUCAGGUGGCUUUUAGCACAUGAAUAUUUUUUAUAAAUGUCCCCUGUACUUUAGUGCAUAUUAGUGCAAUCUGAAUAGAAACAAUCGUGCACUGAACAAAAUAUGUGCAAUACCUAACAGUAGCAUUUUGAAUAAAUAACCCAGAAGUCAUGAUACUCAGAAUUAUGUUGUAUUACAUUUCAAGUGUUUCAUAUUUUUCAUUCACAAAUUUUAUCUUGGAUAAUCAUGGCAGAGAGAUAUUAACUUCAUGUAUUGAAGGGUAUUAGUUCUCAGAUUAUUACCAUAUUAAUGUUUUAUAAAUAUUCAAGAACUUGAAGAAUACUUCUGUUGAAAUUACUGUCAUAGUAAUCAUGGCAAUAGUUUUUUGAGUGUAAUGAGUUGUUGUGUAGCCUCCAUUUGUAAGUUGUACUUUUUCUUGUUCAUUGGCAACUGCAUUUUUGAUGGCGUGUAUUUCUCUUUUUAUGACCAAAAAUCACAUCAUUUCUUCAAAGCCUUUUGUAUUUCUAUGUUUUAUGAAAUAACUAUUGUUUUGAUCUAUUUUCUUUCUGAUCAAAGCUUUAUGUUGUUAUUAUUUGCUAUCCAUAAUGUUGCUAAACUGUUAUGAAUGCUAUCCGGACCAUUGGUUACAAGUAACUUGUAAAUAUACUUGUCAAAAAAGUCCUGCAAUAUUGCAGUUAAAUAAUGAUAAUUCAAAACAAAUAUUUCGGCUACAGGUUACAACUGUUUGAAAAAUGUAAACUUUUACCUACCCUAUGGUGAUGAAAUACUCUUCAUUAAUCAUUUACAGCAUCAAAAAGAUAUUUAAUGAGGGUAGUGGUCUGGGGUCAAAAGUCACAUAAUUUAGGUUAUUUCACUGUAAAAACAGCAAAGCCAAAUAUCGCCAAAUAUCAAAAUUCUACAUUUGUUUUGAGGUUAUUUAGAGAUUAUAUUCUAUUUGACAAAUAUUUCAUCAUUUUAAUAUUAAACCCAAAUGCCAAAUCUGAAUUGUAUAUAUACUAUGUCACAAGACUUAUUUUGCUGAGUAUAAUAUGCACGAGAGACCUGUGGGUUUCAGUAAUGUAGUGUAAUGUAAUGUAAUGUAAUGUUCAUUAUGUUGACUGCUUUAUGGCAUUACGUGUGCUUUCAGUUUUGGUUUUUAUCAUAAAUAUGCCACAGAUGUAGCAAAUAUUCUGCUUCCAAAAUUUAUUUGUUCAAAAAUUCAUUUUGUUUGUAAUUUUUAUGUAUUUUAGAGAACUUCUUGAUUUCUGUUUUUUUUUGUAUUUGUGUAGACAGGUUGUUGAGCAAGGUUUCAGAUUAGAACUUGUUUUCAUGUGUUAUUUAUUCAAGAUUUACUGAGAAAUGUACAACAAUUAACAUUCUGUGAAAUAUUUUUUUGUGAUUUUAACUCACCAGGAUUUGUUUCACAGGUUUUAAAAGUUUCUAUUUCUUCUCAAAGUACACCAGUUGCAAGUAUGUCUAAAUUGUAUACCUAUAUAAGACAAGAAGUGUCCAUGGCACAAUACUUAUUUUCUCAGAAUAAUAUGAGAAUGAAACAUUAUCAGUUAUACCCUUCCCCAUUUAAGCCUAAUCUGUAUGUCAAACUGAUCAUAUGACUACCCAUCAACAGCCAAUUGUAUAAAACUGGCCAAGUUUUUGGUUUGGUCAAAGUUAUCCAAAAGGUUUAUUGAUUGGUCAAUAGUUAUCCAAUAAUAAAUAUUAACCAAUCAGAUUGUUUUAAUGAGUCAACUAGCCAAAAGAUAACCUGUUGACAUCUUUUGAAUAGUUUUAUACAACUGGUUGCUGGCUAUUUGUCUUUAAUUUCAUGUAUUUUAUCACAAGCGUUUUAAAUGUAUCUAUGUAAGAUACACAAAAACAGCAGGAAAUGAGUAUGCCGUACAUUCAUUAAUAUACAGAUUUAUCCCCAUACGUUAAUAUUGCAUCCAAAAAGCUCCAUUUUACAUUUAUGCAUUGCAAAUCUGUACAUUUAUUCAAAUUUCAUCGAUACCGCAUUAUUUCAAUGUCUAGGUUUUAUAUUCAAAUCGUUGAUUAAUUUAGCGUUAUCUAACUUACCUUUUUCCACAAAAAAUAUUGAUGAUGGUGUACAAUUUUGUUAACAAUCUGUUUUCAAUUCCACUGCCUUAAUUCCUUAUUAUUUGUGUUUUCAUUCAAGUGUCAAGGCUGUAAUCAUUAAUGUUGAUGUCAUCUGAGGGAUGAGAGCGAAUACGUGCCAACUGACAUAAACAUUUAUGGCACAGGUUUUGCAUUCACUCCUCGUAUUGCUCUCUGUUUUGUACUGAAAUAAAGUUAUAGUUUCUUGUUACAAAAUGUGUUUAUUUUCAUAUUUCUCUGUGAUAUUUUCUAAGAAUUGCUCCAUUUUAAACGGGCUAGACACAAGAUGGUCCCAAAAUUGGCAAAUACUGUAUUUCCUCAAAACAAGUCUAAAAUUGUCAAUGCAAGCUAGUAGGAGGCCAAUCAUACAUCAGUUUACAUGAUUGAAAUAAUAAACACAACAAUCAUGUUGCUGUCUCAUCUGUCUUUCCCUGUUUAAAAAUAGUGCAUAAUGGUUUCCACGUUUAACUCAUAUUUGAUUAUGAGAACAGAUAAAUACACUGACACUAUAAAUGUGCAAAAACUGCAAAAGAUGCACCUGUGGUAAGCAAUGUGAUACCUCAGUAAG